CCCCAUCGCACACACAUCGCCAUGUCCAUCACGAAAGUCCACGCCCGCCAGAUCUUCGACUCUCGCGGAAACCCCACCGUAGAGGUCGACCUCUACACUGCGAAAGGACUCUUCCGCGCGUCGGUGCCGUCUGGCGCGUCCACUGGUAUUCACGAGGCUGUCGAGCUCCGUGACGGCGAUAAGGCAAACUAUGUCGGAAAAGGUGUCCUGAAGGCUGUCGCCAACGUGAAUGACACCAUCGCGCCGGAGCUCAUCAAGUCCGGCCUCACGGUCACCGCGCAGAAGGAGAUCGACGACUUCCUGAUCAAGCUCGACGGCACGCCCAACAAGGGCAAGCUCGGCGCGAACGCGAUCCUCGGUGUCAGCAUCGCCGUCGCGAUGGCGGGUGCGGCCGAGAAGGGUGUCCCCCUCUACCAGCACCUCGCAGAUCUCGCGGGUGUCAAGCCGCCCUUCGUCCUCCCGUGCCCCGCGUUCAACGUUAUCAACGGUGGCUCGCACGCGGGCAACAAGCUCGCGUUCCAGGAGUUCAUGCUCCUUCCCACUGGCGCGCAUUCCUUCACGGAGGCGAUGAAGUUGGGUACCGAGACGUACCACACGCUUAAGAAGGUCAUUAGCGCGAAGUAUGGUAUUGAUGCUGUGAACGUCGGUGAUGAAGGUGGAUUCGCUCCGAACGUCUCUGGCGCAGAGGAGUCGCUCGAGCUGCUCACGGAGGCGAUCAAGAAAGCGGGCUAUGAAGGCAAGAUCAAGAUCGCGCUCGAUGUCGCCUCGUCCGAGUUCUACAAGGACGGCAAGUACGACCUGGACUUCAAGAAUGCCAACUCGGACCCGACUAAGUGGAUCUCCAGCGUCGAGCUCGCAGAUCUCUACCUGAGCUACGUGAAGAAGUACCCGAUUGUCUCGAUCGAGGAUCCCUUCGACCAGGACGACUGGGAGGCGUGGACCCACUUCACGAAGAACAGCGGCAUCCAGAUCGUCGGCGAUGACUUGACAGUCACGAACCCUCUGCGCAUCAAGACUGCAAUUGAGAAGAAGGCGUGCAACGGUCUCCUGCUCAAGGUCAACCAGAUCGGUACCAUCUCUGAGUCUAUCCAGGCCGCUCAGCUCGCGCAGUCCGAUGGCUGGGGUGUAAUGGUCUCGCACCGCAGCGGUGAGACGGAGAACACGUUCAUCGCCGAUCUCGUUGUCGCCCUCGGUGUUGGCCAAAUCAAGACCGGUGCACCUGCACGCAGCGAGCGUGUUGCGAAGUACAACGCGCUGCUCCGCAUUGAGGAGGAGCUUGGCAACGGCGUCUACGCGGGCGCGAAGGGUCUCGCUGCCGGACACACGCCCCCGGCUCUGCUCAAGUAAAAAUGCGCGCGAGUCAGGAAGUUGUAAGAGGGUGUAAGUUGAAGAAGUGCUGCGCUCAAUCAUAGACUGUACUCUGCUGUCAUUUGAAGGGAAAGAAACGCAAUGAAAACGAUACCUGACAGA